GAACGGGCAAGAUGCACUAGGAGACAGUGGGUCUGAUAAAGGGAUGAAACAACUGAGAAACAUCAAGCUAGCGCAGUGGACCCGUUGAAAAAUAAACAGUGGCUUCAUCCACUGCAGGAAUUCAGAGAAUAAUUACUCCUGUGAACACAGCGAGCCACACAGAUUUGACAGAAAGGGCUAUAAACACAAACAGCAGCUCUGGGCAGCAGACACAACACGCAGAGCUGUCGGAGUGCAACACUUGAGGCAAUUGUCGGAUAGCUUGGCGAUCGUUCUGUCCAAGUUCUCCCCUACUUUGGCUGAUGUGGAACGAUUCAGAGCUGGGCCAUCAUGAUGCCAGUGAACUUUCUGGUCACUCAUUGGCGGACCAACUUAACACCAGCACCAUCAUGUCAGUGAACCCACCGAGCAGCAAUGAUGCCUGCCUCAGCAUUGUCCACAGCCUCAUGUGCCACCGGCAGGGAGGAGAGAAUGAGGGCUUUGCUAAGCGUGCUAUUGAGAGUCUGGUAAAGAAGCUAAAGGAGAAGAAGGACGAGCUGGACUCGCUUAUCACUGCCAUCACCACCAAUGGUGUUCAUCCCAGCAAGUGCGUCACCAUCCAGAGGACUCUGGAUGGGCGGCUACAGGUGGCAGGGAGGAAAGGGUUCCCUCAUGUGAUUUACGCACGGCUGUGGCGUUGGCCCGACCUCCACAAGAACGAACUUAAGCAUGUCAAAUUCUGCCAGUAUGCUUUUGACCUCAAGUAUGACAGUGUGUGUGUCAACCCCUACCAUUAUGAGAGGGUGGUGUCACCAGGCAUCGUUGGUCUCAGCCUUCAAAAUGCAGCAGCACCAGGAGGACUAAUCAAGGAAGAAUACAUCCCUGACUGUAUACAGAUGGACCUUCCACCUGGCAUGCCUCUGUCUGACCACCAAGCGGCUCCAGACCACUACAGUCCACUUCUGCCUCCCUCACAACUGUCCUCUGAACCCCACGGCCCCUCACCUGUUACCAGAUAUCCUAACUUGCCUGUCUCACCCAAAGUGCCUGCCUCUGGCUCCAUGCUGCCACUGCAGGGCAGUCAUGGUGAUGGCCGCCUCCAAACUCCAUCGCCACAGGCUCAAGUUGUCCAACCACGACCUCCAACCCCGCCCCAGGUUGCCUCUCAGCAGCAGGCUGCCCAGCAUCCCUCACAGCACACCCACUCACAGCAACCCCCUCUACCACCCUCUCAUUUGAACAGACAGAAUGGAUACAGCAGCAAUAAACAGUCUCAGACUCAGCCUGCGUUCCACACUGUUUGGACAGGCAGCAGCACGGCCUCCUACACUCCCAUAGGACCCCAGCAGAAUGGGCGCGGUCACCAACAGCCUCCUCUGCAUCUUCCAAACCAUCACUGGUCUCAGCAUCACAGCUCAACCUCGUUCGCUCCUUCUGUGUCCAAUCAUCCAGGACCAGAGUUUUGGUGCUCUGUUUCCUACUUUGAAAUGGAUGUUCAGGUGGGUGAGAUGUUCAAGGUGCUCUCCAGCUGCCCUGUGGUGACUGUGGACGGUUACGUGGACCCAUCAGGAGGUGAUCGCUUCUGCCUCGGCCAGCUGAGUAACGUCCAUCGCACAGAUGCCAGUGAGAGAGCCAGGCUACACAUCGGUAAAGGUGUGCAGCUGGAGUGCCGUGGCGAGGGGGAUGUGUGGAUGCGCUGUAUGAGCGACCAUGCUGUGUUUGUACAGAGCUACUACCUCGAUCGGGAAGCAGGCCGAGCACCAGGUGAUGCUGUGCACAAGAUCUACCCUGGAGCCUACAUCAAGGUUUUUGACCUGCGGCAGUGCCACAGACAGAUGCAGCAGCAGGCAGCGACGGCUCAAGCUGCAGCUGCUGCGCAGGCAGCUGCCGUCGCGGGGAAUAUUCCCGGCCCAGGCAGUGUCGGAGGCAUCGCACCUGCAGUCAGUCUCUCUGCAGCAGCAGGCAUUGGUGUGGAUGACUUGAGGCGGCUGUGUAUCUUGCGGCUCAGCUUUGUGAAAGGCUGGGGGCCUGACUACCCCCGGCAGAGCAUUAAACACACCCCUUGCUGGGUGGAGGUCCACCUGCACCGUGCUCUGCAGCUUCUGGAUGAGGUGUUGCACACUAUGCCAUUGACAGACCCGGGGCCUGCCAAUUGAAGACCCUCGGCAGUCUGGAUUCUUCGAACGUACACACACCAGACACACGUGGUUGAUUUAUUAUUUUUUUUCUUCAGAUAGAUUUCUCAAACAAAUCAAUCAGAAACCAUUGACAACCAAUCAUGCUUGUAGCAAUCAGUGAAUUCCUCACUCAUGCGUUUUAUCACGCACAUACACACUGUAACCAAAAGGUCUGUUCAGACAUAUACGUGCUCAUGUCUUUGGGAUUUUUCUAACGCUUUAGUCUUAACAAUCUAAAGUCAAGGCAGGGGAAUGAUGGCAAGAUUUUGAGUUUCUUUCUUUCCCAAGAUGUUUGAAUGCACUGUAGAAAUCCAGGGAUUUGUUUCAGACAUCCAGUUCUCCUAUAUGCAAGUUGGAUUUCUUCUAAUUGCAGGAGUGCUCUGCACAUUCACUCAUGGAAUACAAACAGAUGUUUAAAAAUCCUGUUUUGGAGUCAAAAGCACUCCAGACAGGUAACCGCAUACCUCUGGAAAAUGCUGUCAGUAUAUUCACGCUGGAUACAGUCAGCAUUACACUCGUCUUUAUGUCUCAUUGACAACAGAGCUGAUGUAAAAGUAUGAAUUAAGCAAGCUGGUGUUAUUCCAUCUGUGUGCUUGUACCGCGCUAUUCACUCCAUGUUGAUUUAGGUGAAAACGGUUAGCGUUGAUAGCUGGUUGGCCCCCUUAUUACACUGACUAUAUAUAGCUGUAUUACUAUAUUAUUUUUGUACCAAAAGACUAAAAAGCCAAAAACAUUUAGCUUUAACACGGUGUUGUUGUACUUUGUAAUGAAACAGUGCUAUUCUGUGUGUAACCAAAUGGUUGAUGUAAAUCACGAAAGCCAGAUUACCUCAUAAGUACAGUACAAAGUCACAGCACACUUUGUUCAUCGGUGACAGGCUGACGUCAGUCUGUGACCGGGGUACCAAAACUAACAGAAGGUCCACUGACAGGAUCCUGACGGCAACAUUUAGUACAGUCUCACAGCAAAGCCGACUCAUUAAGAGAGUAACUAACUCCUGACACACAGAGACAGAAACCCAGACAGAAUGUUUGUAUGGUCAGACCUGCGCCCGGCACCAGUCUGUACAUUUGACACCAGUGCCUUUCUGUUCUCUGCUGUGACUGUCAGAGUACGAUUCCCACGUGUAUGCAGCAGUUGACUUGAACUCUGGCUGGUUCUGCUUUUGGCCAUUUGAGAAAAUGUGUAACUGUGUAACAAUUUAGUAAUUGACUACUCAAAGUGCUUUUAUGCCAUUACAAGCGACAUUCACACAUAUAUUGUUGCAGCACUUUAUCACACUUAGAGCCACAGCUGCCCCGGGAUCUUUGUAAAGCUCUCCUCACAAAUUAGAUUUAAAAGAAAUUUGCUGUCUUGUAGAAACACCCUCCAAAUUUUCAUAGUUCGUCCUCACUGAGUCGGUUUGGUCUGCAUUAUCACUCAGACCGCUGAAGCCUCUCACCAUCCUCAGCUCAAAAUUAAUGCACUUUUGUUCAAAAGUGGAGGGCUGUGGGUUUUAUCCCUUAUUUCUUAAAUUACUAAAUAUGUGGAAGAAGUCACUUAAUGGCCAGAACUGAGAGAAUGGUCUGUAGCCACUCAUAUAGCACACACUCAAACAGCGCACCCUCUGCCUUUAUUUCCUGCCCUAAAAAACACAUAUUAUAUUAAAAACAGUCUUGAAACAGUACAAUUUAAAGGCAAAACUCAGCACCCCUGCUUGUACUGCAUAUGCGAGUGCAGCUGACUGAUGGAGGAGGAUAACGCCGCAGAGUUCGAGUACACGGCUCACAACACGGUGGCUUUCUUCUUGGCGAGUUUAGAGAGAAAUCUGCUUUCUUGUGACUUGACUAAAAUUUUGGAGAACAUGUUAACUGUAUUAUAUGGGAAUGUUGUAUGUUGAUCUAGAUCUAAAUGUGAAUAAAUGUACCAACCAGUUUAUCUGUAGAGAUACUCGGACACUGUGGAAUCUGAGAAACAUUUUGUUGUCUGAUUCAGCUGCUUUACAGUGAUCAGCCAUUAACAUAUGCAUAUUUGUUCUGUGUGCCUUUUGUUGUAGUAGACGCACCAACACUGGAUUGUACGAAUACACUAUGAAGAUCGAUGUUGCACAUUGUGAACUGGUUUCUCAGCUGUUAAAACCCUUUGAUGAUAUUCUGUGGCUCCCUCAGGUUUCAGUGUAGCUCUGUGAAGAUAUUACAAGGUGUGCGAGAGAUCAGAGGUCUUAUUAACAAAUAACUCUUUGUACAUGAGUAGUGUUAUUUAUUGCCUUAGUCUUUGGUGAGUAAAAUAUAUCAAAGUAUGCUUGCCACUACUUUCAUUUUAGCAGGAACAAUAUAAGCAUGUCAUAAACAUCUGUUUCCUUCUGCUCACGUUCCCACAGGGAUGUUCAAGUGUUAAAGUAGGCUUUACGGGAAACUCAUCAUCAUCAUCAUCACGUUAUCCAGAUCUUUCUACAAUCAAUCACUUUCAUGACGUGUCUACCAAAGCACCUGUAGAUUGCUACUGUCUGGUUAUUCAUAACUAUUAAUCAUGUACUUUUCCAUGUGAAGUGCAGGAAUUACAGUUGGUAUUGAUUAAAAUGAAAAAAAGAUA